GGCAGCGUCACCUCAUGGGGGAGAUGUCCCUUGCAGACAGGACUGCAAGACCCGCUCCUGCCAGGUUGGACUUUGCCUCCAAACGUGGCGCAGCCUCUUCCAUUGUGACAUCACCCACUGCCGUUGUGUCACAAAGCAGCGUCAGCGCUGAGGUCGGCACAGCAGGGGAUAAGACCAGGGGUCUCCCUGCGCCUUGGCCACUCUCGAUCUUGAGGGAACCGAGAUCGCAGAGUUUUUGGCUCAUUCCUGAGCAAGGAAGAUGCUUGUUACCUGCACCUCAGCAGGUACCAAGGGACACACAGAGAAGGUUGAACGUCUGAACGGGAAGAUGAAGGCACUGAAGGCAUCGACCCUGGUGCUGCUUCUCGGUCUCUUCUCUUUUGGUGUUUACCACGUGGGACGACUUGGUGCCUUAACCCCCUGGAGCACUGCAGACCUGAGCAAAACCCUGCCCCUGCCAGACCAGCUCCGUGAGGUUCAGGAACAGCUUUAUCAUCUGCGCUGGAGCACUAAGGAUGUGGCUGAGCGGGCUCUGCAGGAAGGACUGAAGCAGGCAAAGCUCCCAGGCGUUACCGGACGGGCUGUUCACGAGAUCAUCAAUCAAGCUUUGGAGAAGCUGGAGGCAAUCCAAGUCCUGAUGCCGGAUUACGCCCUGAAAUCAGCAGGGGCAGCUGUCAUUCAUUCCAAGACUUCUCCAUCCUUCCGAACUGGCAAAGCCAAGUUCUUCUUGUACUCCCUGCCGGUGAUGGAUUACAUGAGGUCCCCUGAGCUUAUUCUGGAGCCAGAAAAUCAUCCUGGAAACUGCUGGCCCUUCCCAGGAAGUCAGGGACACGUGUUCAUCAAGCUGUCCAUGCCAGUCAUUCCCAGAGCCAUCACCAUGGACCAUGUCUCAGGGACAGCGUUCCAUGGAGAAAGCAUCUCUGGAGCUCCAAAGGACUUUGCUGUCUAUGUAAGUGAUUUCUCUGGAGUUGGGGGCAGGGGGUUGCACAGCAUUUCUAAGCAGGGGGUGUAGAUGGGUCAAAGAGUCCAUGGGCCUGAAGCUUCCUCCUGGCUCUCAGAACAAACACGCUCCUUGAGGUCAUUUCCUUCCCAUUGAAUUCCUCUUUUUUUCAAUGUACCACUCAAAAAGCAGCUUCUGGGACAAGAUGCUACUCCAGGAGCCACAAGGAAAGGGAGCUGGACAGUACA